ACGUUUAAAAUUUGCACACAAAACCCACACUGAAGCCGGAGACGAUUCUGCAAUCUCGCACCGACAAGCUCGCACCGAAUGGCUGCGCCAGGCAUCAGCAGCCGAGGCAGAUCCGCUCCCUGAACAAAUGGCUGGAGGAACCCCCCACCUGAGUGGCGAAGACAGGCAACGGAUUCGCACGCUCUACUUUGACGGCAGCCUCUCCAAACAGGACAUCGCCCUCCGCACCGGCUUCACCCGCUUCCAGAUCCGCAAUGCCAUAAAGGCCGCAGAAUCAGAGCCCAAACCUCGCCCCGGACGCCCUCCGCUCCUGACCAAGGAACACGAGGAGGAGCUGCUCCGCUACGUAACCUCUGACGCCGGUCGCGGCCAGAGUUACAUAAACAUUGCCAGAUCCAUCUUUAAUGGAAGAUUCGGCGAGGUCGCCAUCCGCAACGCUUUGCGCCGCAGAGGCAUCAUUCGCGGCACGAGAAAGUUCCUCGCAAACCCCCCGCCACCAUCGAAGCUGAACGCCGCCGGCACUAUCAGGGUUUGGCAGGCUUCCAUCGACGAACCCCCACCGCCACCACGACCGGCACAGCUGGCACCAAGACCACAGGCACUACCGCCAGCGCAGCCGAUCGUUCAGAGGCUAGGAUACGUCCCAGGAGGUGUCACAUUGUCGCCGCCUUUGCCGCCGGCGAUGCUGCCACCGAUGCCAGCCUCGAUCCGGGUAGCCAUCCGCAUCGGCGCGGACCAGCCGCCCGUGACAGUGCGGGCGGCCCCGUUGACGGCGGUCGGGUAUGCCCAAUUCGGCGACGUGAUUGAGAACCCGCGACCGGAAAUGCAUCCGGCUGCUUUCGCCACCGCCGUGUCCCAGCAACAGCACUUGGGCAUCAUCCCCCACGCGCCUGUCGUGGCGAACCAGGGAUCUGCAAUCAAGUACCAGCACCCGACCCACCCCCUCAACUUCUACCCGCACGCCCCGAGCCAGGUACAGGGCCACGCGGUCAUCAAUAUGUUUUCAUGCGCAGCCAGGAAGCUGGAGACGGAAGCAGGUACGAGGGAGGUUAGGAGUGCCAGGCAGUCGUCCGAGGUGGAGACCAAGGACUCGAUUGUGGUUGAACUGAGCGACAAUGACGAGGAAAAUGCGAGCGACGCCGAGGUGGAUGAAGAAAGAGAAAGCACAGUCGACAGGGAAAGCACCGAGGUGAGAGACGUAGUAGAGGCUGCUUCUGGUGACCGUGUCGCGACCAAUCCCCGGCGUGGGCCGUGCGGCGUAUUCCCCGUCCUCGUCCUAGAGCGGCACCCCUUCACGACGCAGACCUUUGUGCCCAUGUCGCGCGACGGUGCCGACACGCGCUACUUGGUCAUCGUGGCUCCGAGCCUAGAGCCCAGCAGCCAAGACGCCGGCCUCCCGGUGCCGAUCCCGCCGCCCAACGCCACGGGCGGCCCCCAGCUCCCCGGCCGAGGCCUCCCGAAUCUCUCGCAGAUGCGGGCGUUCGUCGCGACGGGCAGCCAGGCGGUGACGUACGGCGCGGGUACAUGGCACGCGCCCAUGGUGGCGCUGGGCGCCGAGGGGAGCGUGGUUGACUUCUUCGUCGUGCAGUACGCAAACGGCAUCCCGAUUGAGGACUGCCAGGAGGCCUUGCUGCUCACCCCCCAGAACCCGGCUCCUGGCCCGUCCGCGGAUGGUGAGGGCGCCAGAGGGCCGAGCCAGCAGAUUGGGGUUUUUGUGCAGGUCCCACUAGAGUACCUUGCUGCCCAAAGGAGCGACACUAGGGGUGCCUCAAAAUUGUAGCAACGUGCUCUUGUUUUUGCUUGGAGGUACGCGAUAUCGAUAGCCGAUCGAGUCGUUUGCUGCAUCCGAUCAGGGGCCUCUACGUUCCCUUCAUCCGGCUGAUGGGGCGGUCCGAAGUCACAAACAUUAUCCCGUAUUCAACCCCCACUCCACUUUCAGUCCCAGG